UAAUUCACAUGUGCUAAUGAUUAAACCAUUUUGGUGUUACAUGGGUUGCCCAACCUGUGUCCUUAAACCCUUACUGUGUGAAAUGCAACAAGCUGGCUCCAAUUAGAGCUGCCAACUAAAGUUCCUUUUUUUUUUUAACCUCAAACUCAAUGGCAUAUGAUAACUGAAACCUACUUUAAAAUAAAUAUACUUUCUUUCAUUCCCUUCUUAUCAGGUAUCAGAUUCAGCUUGAGGUUGAAAGCAAUUCAAAGUCAGCAACCUUUAUACUUUUCGAGUAUGAAGGGAAACGCUUCUUUGGGCCAUCUGCUAAUGAUCUCUUCAAUAGAACUGGUCAGAACAUUGAGGUACCUCCUGCAUAUAUGCUCAAAGUAAUUGGUGUCACCAAGCUAAUCCAUGUGAAGUUCAAGCCAAAUCUAUAGUGUGAUGCUCAACCUGAUUCCACCGCGUUAAAACUUUUGGAACCCGAAUCAAUGGUGAGCUUUCUUAUAAAGCCUGUAUAUUUUUUAUGGGGUUAAUCUUGCAUGUUUUCUGACAGUAGAACCAACACAUGUCUGUUUGCCAUGAAUACCAAUAUGUUCAAUAAGUUGUGCAUGCCAUAACUGCUUUAACUAAUUUAUGUAUCUUUCCACCAUUUCUAUCUUAGUGUUCGAACUCUAAUCUGCAUGACAACUCCUCUUCUUUACUCAGUAGUGGGAUUGAGUCCUCCAAAGCUUCAUCUCACAAAUCCAUCUCCAUUUCAACAGCCAAAGAGUCUGCUUCUAUGCCCCCUGACAACAAACUCAAGCGAAAGAUGCCUUUGGCGUGAAGGUUGCUUUGAUGGAACUUGCCAAGCCUCUGGGUUCUUUGCUGCUAAUUGGACUUGCACUUUGAUUUUUAAAUAGAAUAGCCUUACAGAAGUUGUGCUAUUUCUCCAUCUCAACGCGUGGCCAUUAUUUCCCACAAUCAACAUUCCUGCUAUUGGAUUCCAAAGUAAAGGUUAUGGUUUUGUCUUCCUUACAGUACAGAGUGGAUCCAAAACUUAAUAAACCAUUCAAUUUCAUGCAUGACCUGUGAGAGGAAUAGACCAAACUUACAGUUAUGGUGGUGGCUGGAACAGUCCCUCCAGCUGCAUCAAAGCAAAUCUGCGCAUCUGGAGAAGAGCCAAAGUGCUGGCAUUUUUGGAUUCUACUGACUUUCAACUCAAUACCCUCCAUACCCAUUGAAGAUCCCCAAACCAGAAUUGAUGAAUGCACGAACCGAUAGGGUUCCUCUUCUGCCUUGCCUCGACCCUCAUAACCAUUGACGAACACACACCCAGAAUUGAUGACCGGCGUAAUUGAUGGCUUGCUUUUCCACCUUCGUUCCACGCUCCCCGACACCCGAUGCAAGUGUGCUGGAGCUACUGAGAUUCAAUUUGUGAGUCUUCUUUCAGAUCUAGAUGUUGAUAAUCGAACCACCUCCCGUGGCGCAGUCGGGGGCGACCUCGGAGUCUGCAUGGGUUUCGUCAGCGCGAUCGACAACCCUUUGCUACACGUUCCGGGCAUGAAACUGAAAAGUUUGGAAGGGAGAUGGAGGAAAUAAGUGUUCGACUGGUUUCCAGAGUUAAUUGUUUAUGGAUAGAGAUUGGGGAGGAUGUGGGAGGUCAAAAUUUGACCUGAGGUUCUGGUCGGGCGAGAAGUUUGUCCUCGAUUGGGUUGAGCUACAAAUAAAUUCUUAGCUAUUAUUUAUAAUAAUGAGUUUGCUUUAAUAAAUAAUUUUAUUUUUCACUCUCAUGGUGAAAUUAAAACUAUAAUAUCAAGGGGCCAUGUUUUUUUUUUCGCCGUAGAUAUCCCAAAGGGGAAUAGUAGAUACGAAGUAUAUAACAAUAGGGCCAAGUUUUUUAUUGGUGACCGAAGUACGUAUUUCUAAUUUGUUUUUUACGGUCAUCUUACAUACCAUUUUUGCAACACAUUACUGGUGUAAUUGUCUAUCCUCAUGGUUUGUUUAAUUUUACCUUUCUCCUAUAAACACUUGAGGCACAU